CCUGCCUUAAUAGAGUCUGGACAACAUUGUGUAGGCCUAUUUUGCUCCGACAAGCUUCCAGCUCAGUAACCGGGCAAUGCACCAUAUUGGAGAUAUGGUGUUAUGCAUGCAGACAGUCGUGUCUACUUGAUAACUUGUUAUCUGUCCAUCGGAACUAGAUCUGGAAACUAUCAUUUUCUCUCAUAACUGCUUGCUCUGGCUAUUCUUCUGCUUUCUAACCAUUAUCUAUCAUGCAAGUCACGAGUAUUCAGUGCUAGUGGGUCAUACGGGGAUCGUAAACGUGUAGCGUCUUAGAUGCUCGAUCGUCUGAUUGUUGUUCAUCGACUUGGAUACAUCAGAUGAGUGUUAUACAUCUCAGUCUCUGCAUACAUUAAUCUCAACGGCCUUAAAACAUGGAAAGGAGAAUCGUCACCGUGAUCGUCCUUUUAAGCGCGAUUCUAUGUGGUGCGCUGAACGAGGAGGCGACAGGGGAAGCCUCGGAGACGUCGGCCAUCAGGGCCACGGUGGACACUGAUGGCAACGACACCAUUAAUAUCACCGCGGGUGAAAUGGACGUUGACCAGGAGGACAGUGACAUCGACAACCAAGAGAGGUUUGUUUGUAGACCCCACAUCACGAUCCAGACGCCUCCUGUACCAGCACCGAUAUCAAGAGCAGGACAAUGUGACUGCAAUUGCAACAGCAGCAGCAGCAGCAGAAGUAGUGGGGACGCUGCGAACGCACAGGAGGAGAAGCAGUCGGCGAGCCUGGCCAGGCAGCUGCGGGAGCUUGUUCAGGAGUGUCGGUCUGGGGGAGGUGGAGCAGGAGGAGGAGGAGGAUUGGACGGAGGAUGGAGGCGUGCUGGAACGCAAGAUGAAACCAGGCGUUUGGCUGAAGCUUUGGUUGACCUUGCCACCGUUCUCAAGAACUUCCAGACACCAGGGGUUCCUGUGCCAGGUUCAAUAUUAUCAUUGCCUAAGGAUUGCUCCGAGGUUUUAUCACGAGGGGCUACAAACAGUGGGGUGUAUACCAUACAAACUCUGGACUCUGGUAGACCGUUCCAGGUCUACUGUGAUAUGGAUACAGACGGAGGGGGCUGGACGGUUCUGCAAAAGCGACAGGAUGGGUCGGUUGAUUUCUUCCGAAGCUAUGCUACCUACCGACGCGGCUUCGGGUCACUAACUGGUGAGUUCUGGCUCGGGAACGACCAGAUUCACCGUCUCACCUCCCAAGACGAGUACCAUCUGAGAAUAGAUCUGGAAGAUUUCGACCACGAGACCGUGUUCGCCGAGUACCGUGUCUUUAGGGUAGCAGACGUCAACGAGGAUUAUAGGGUGACGGUCAGCUCGUACCAUGGCACAGCCGGUGAUGCAUUCACGACGCAUAGCGGCCAGCCAUUCACUACCAAAGACCGCGACAACGACAACUGGUCGAGCAAGAACUGCGCCCGUGAAUACCAUGGUGCAUGGUGGUUCAACUCCUGCUACUAUGCCUCCCUCAACGGCGAGUACCUACGAGGGAUAUCGGAGAGUUACGGUACGGGGAUCGUCUGGUAUCAAUGGCACGGCUAUUACUACUCUCUCAAACGCACGGAAAUGAAAAUUAGACCAGCCGACUGACUUCUAGACUAGGAACUAUCGAAUAGAACGGAUGACAUUUCAUGCACAAAAUAGACAAUGCGUCAAUAUACGUACAAAAUUGAAUAAGUAUUGAAGCUGGAGCCUUUUGGACAAAA